CACACUUCAGCUCGCUCCUAAACCAGCAGCUCGUACAAGAUCGGGCAAUUUACUCAGUACCGCUUUCACAUAAUGAUAAUAGGGAUGAUCGGCACAUUAUAAAAAUGUCGCUAGCACAGGUACCGCCUCUUAUCUUCCCCGCGUCGGGUCUAUACCAAAGACCACUAGAAGCGAUGCAUCCAGCAAACAUCUUGGCUGGCGCUUAUGCCGCAUACAACACGUCCGUCGUGAUCCCCUUCUCCAACAAUAACGAAAACAAAGUCCCCUUUACCACAGACAUUCGCGUCAACAUUACCGUCAACGGCAGAGGCUAUCGCACGCCGAUUGUUGAUACUGGUACUUGUGGUCUGCUUCUCCCCGCCAGCAAGGUGACUGGAUAUGAAGAAGCCAAAGCGAGAAACGACCCCAGAGGCUGGGAAUACCUGUCUAGCAGCCAUAUCUUGUACUCUGGCUACUGGGUCUCGACAGAGAUCGUCUUCAACGCCGCGGUGCCCAAGGUGACCGCCACAGUCCCUGUGCUAGCCGUCGACUACAGAGUUACAUGUCAUACCUACAACAGCACCACCGACACGGACAAAUGCACAAAGGUCCAGGGCACUGCAACCUCUACUGCAAAGUCCGAGGCUACCACCGAGGUGCAGUACAUUGGGAUUGGCUUUGGCCGCCAGCACGAUGGCCAGCCACAGGGCAACCCAGACAAGAACGUCAUGCUCAACGUCAAAACUCUCGGCAACCAGAAUGUGACCGAUGCGACAUACCGAAACGGAUAUAUCAUCAGCAAAGAGGGCAUCACUGUCGGCCUUACAGCGGAAAAUACGAAGAAUAUGCAGUUUUCGCAGCUCACAAAGCGGAAAGGCCGCACCGACCCCAGAGAUUGGAACCAGGUGCAAGGCUGCUUUACUAUUGGCGACAACCCUUGCUCCCGCGGUGUACUCCUGGUAGAUACGGGUGUUGCGCAGAUGUAUAUGACGGUGCCGACAAGCAUCGAGCCCAACGUUACUAACCCGACCGAAAAACAUCUUGUGCCAGGUUCCAAGGUCCACGUUGCGGUUGGCGCAGAGGGCGAGCCUUUUAUUGCUACUUCGGAUUUUGUCGUCUCCCAAUCGACCACCACGGAGAAAGAGGGUGUUGAGCCCAACUAUGUCAAGGCCUCUAUGUCAGACACGAUUCCUCCCAAGGUGAAUACUGGCAGGCACUUUUUGAGAAAGUGGAAGAUUGCGUUUGACGCUGUGGAUGGUCGUUUUGGUGCGGUAGACAUAUAAGAUA